AUGGAGCAGACGGGGAAGCCCCUGCCUGGCACCAGCGGGAGCCACACCGCCGGGAAGCGCCGCCGGGCGGGGGACUCUCCCUGUCUCCGUCCCUCCCCCAGGCAGGGAGCGCUGACAGCUGCCCGGGCUCAGCAGCAGAGCGCCCGCCCCGGCUGCCGCCAACCCCCCACGUCCCCACCCGCGGGGCACCUCUCGCCCCACGCCGCGCUGCAAAACUCAUGGACCCCGGGGGCCCCGCUCCCGACGGCCCGCCCGCCUGCACAGCGCACUGCCGGACAGCUCCGCGGCCGCUCCGUGCCCGGGGACGGGGAAAGCACCCGCGAAGCCGAAGCGUGCCCCGGGGCGGGAGGUUCGCACUCACCAGCUGCAGCGAGCAGAGGAAGAUCAGCGUGCAGCGCCCCGUGCAGCAGCCCAUGGUGGCAGCUGGUCGCGCCGCCGCUUCUCCUCUUCUUCCCUCCCGCGCUGACGCGGCCCCGGAGGCGAGGCGAGCCGAGGCGAAGCGGGGGGCUCACCGCAUCCGGACGGAGCGGCCGAGCGUACGGGUCCCCCUCCUUUGUUGAGGGGUCUCUCCUCAGCGGCGGGGGAAGGAACGUGCGGAGGUCGGGGCCGUCCCGGGGAGAGGAGCCGGCGGCGGCAGCAGCAGCGGGGGGCUCUGCCCGGCGCGACGCGGGUCUGGCUCUGGGGAAGGGGCAAGCCAUGAACAGCCAGACCAGAAAAAAGCACAAGAUCUUUGCAACUGUCUCUUCUAUUAACUACAGGAAUACAAAGCUGACAAGUAAUACAGCUUUCUUCUUGUUUGCAGGCCAAGUGCAAAGCUGCCAUUUGGAUAAAGCCUAUGAACAGCAUCCAUCCAAAGAGAUGCACCAGGGGAAUUAUGGUUCAGGGAAACUAUAGGCUGUUUCACUGAAUUUUUAACCCUCUGGAGCCAGCUGUAUCCCUCAAAAGAAGGGCUAAGGAACUAGGUCUGCAUCUGAUGCAAACUACACUAUUACUGUCAGGUGAAACGCAGCGAUAGAUGCAAGUUUAAGAUUUUACUGCGUGAAGCUGCCUUACCAUCACACGGUCCAUAAGCAUGGUAAACAUCUCACGUCUUUUUGUAUAAAGCCAUCAGACUGGAUUCUGGGAGCAAUGAAUUCCUACUUAUAUGACUUAAUUGGUGUUUUCUUUUUUAUAAAAGUAUUUUUUGCCAUGUUAAUUUUUCCCUUUCAGUGAGCUCAUAGUACAAACAUUAACUUUCUAGGAAGUAAUUGUGUCUCCUUUCAGUUUUUCAUCAGAAGAAGUUUCUGUUUGCUAAAUCAACCUGAUUUACUAAUUAACAUCUGGAUCUUAUGUGCAUGCUAUGCACACACACAAUAAUUCCACAAUUAUAUUAUAUUAGCUAUUUAAGGGCUCAUCUAAUUUUACUCUAUACAUAAUCCUUGAAAAUGAGAUUUGCAUAAAGUAAUUUAAAAUAGGCAGGGCAAACUAUAAGUAUAUAAUUAUGUAUCCCUCUGAAAUAAAUAUAUUUUCAGUUUUCAAUUUCCAUAGCUGACUUCAUUGGAACAUAAUUUAGCCUCUGAAUAGCUGAAUUAAUAAAAAAAUGACAGUACUCCACUGUCAUAUAUGUACUUAAGUGGAAUUUACAGACAGGGUCUCCUUUGUUAUACUUACUGGCUUACCUGUGGGGUGAGUAAACCUUGAUAACAUUGAAAUGAUCCUUCUCCAGGAGCUGGGAGAAAAAAGGAAGGUGAGAGGCAGUCUCCACUCUAGUUAUUAAACAACUAAAGAAAUUUUUUCCUUGCAAGAUUCUUGGUUUUCUCUAUCAAUUUUCUACACAUUGUAGAUAUAUUUCUGUAAUUUACUAAUUCUGUUGUAGACUUUGAAAUGCCAGUACAUAAGUACGCUGUUCAAUGUCCAUACAAACUGGCAAUAUAUGCUGCCAAGUUGCCAGGCUCCGAUUGGAUAAGACCCCAGCACCAGACCCUGUUUCAGUUUGUGAUCCCAAGAGUGAAAUUAAGACGCAAACAAGGUCAAGUACUGUAAUCGAUUAGUAAGUUUAUUACAAAAAGACAGUUAUU